AUGAGCAUUAUCCCUUUCGCUUCUGCUUUGCGUUCCUCUGCACCUUCUGGGGUAUUGCAACUCGACUCUUUCGGACGCCCUGUGCAUUUGUCGGGUCCCGGGCUAAUAUGGAAUGUACCGACUUCAUCACCAGUUGGUUUACGCGGAGCUUCAACUCCUUUUUCUCCUUCAGUUGCUCUGCCAGACUCUAUGGAGCCGAAUCUGCACUACGGCACUCUGCAGCUUAAAGAUGGGACUGUCUUAGACAGGUCUCCUGCUAUUCCUAUCCCUUCUCCUUCCGAAGGCUUACCAGCAACAGGCGCUGUUCCUCCUUCUGCUGCAGCAGCAGCAUAUGAAGAAAUACCCCCAGCCCAACUUGCUACUGGUUCUAUGCCUAACGUUUCGCAAAGAGCAGUGCCUCCACAGGCAGCCCCUCUUUCACCAUUGCCGUUGCUUCCGAUGCAGCCCCUGGCAGUUGCUGCAAUCCCUACCUGCCUCCCUGCAUUAGAUCUUCCCGAGUUUAGUUUGCCUAUGUUGCAGCUGCGUCUGCCUUGGGCCUUAAAGAUUCAGCAAACCAAAGAAAGUGCCGCCAUAGCACCCCCGGUAUCAAAUGAAUAA